GAAUAUUAAUGUUUUUGGAAGACACUUUAAAAAUAAUAACAAUCUUUAUUGUUAUUAGAGAAAACAUGCAGUAAAAUACAUAGAAAAAACGACAUUGGGUGAAAUGUAGAAGUACGUUUCAUUUAAUGACCUCAUGGCUAUUGGAUAUAAACUGUUCUCAGUCAGUUUGUCCUUGCUUUAAUGCUCCUGUAUCUGUAGCCAGAUGGCAGCAGUUGGAACAAAUUGUGACCAGUCUUUAAAAUGAUCAAAGUACUGUGACUUUACACUCCGUAUGCAUAAAUCUGUGUGUCUUUUGCUUAGUUUUUAUCCAUAAAUAUGUAAUUCAGCAAUCUUCACUGAAAUUGGCCUUUUACUCUGCAGAUUUCUGAUCAGUCGGAGAAAUUCACCUGAAAGUGAGCAUGAGAUCACCGUACUUCCCGGCGAGGUCGGUGCUCUUCCACAAGGAGCCCAGCGGAGUGACGUACAGAGUCCCGGCUCUGCUGUACCUCAGCCGCUUCAGGUCAUUUCUGGCUUUCUGUGAGGAGAGGCUGACCCCGUCGGACUCUCAGGCUCACCUGCUCGUGAUGAGGAAAGGCACCUUCUACAGGAACUAUGUGGAGGUCAGUGAUCUGUGGUGCAGUGCUAGUUGAUACAAUGCUUCACAAGAUCCCUCUAAGAGGAACGAGUCAGAAUUAUGAUUUUGAAUUACUUUCUUAAAGUACUCCAAAUUGAAAACAAAAGUUGGUGGAUCCACACGACAUUUUGAAGCAAAUAUACUGUGUAGAUGUAUAUAUAUUUCCUCAAAUUAUGCUAAUUUUCUCUGACUUUCCGUCAUUUUGCUGCAGUGGAAGGACAUGCGUGUUCUGGGCACGGCCUUACUGCCCGGUCACAGGUCCAUGAACCCCUGUCCGGUGUACGACGAGUUCACCGGCAUCCUCUUCCUGUUCUUCAUCGCCGUCCUUGGCCACACCUCGGAGUCCUACCAGCUGGUCACCGGGGACAACGUGACCAGACUCUGCUACAUAUCCAGCACUGAUGGAGGAGACACCUGGAGCCCAGCCACAGACCUCACCGAGGCCGUCAUAGGAGGCACUAUCAAAGACUGGGCCACCUUCGCUCUGGGCCCGGGUCACGGCAUCCAGCUGAAGUCGGGCCGCCUGCUGAUCCCCGCCUACGCCUACCACAUCGACUGCAGAGAGUGCUUCGGCCAGCUCUGCCUGACCACCCCGCGCGCCUUCUGCUUCCACAGCGACACCCACGGGAGGAGCUGGCGCUUCGGCGAGCCCAUCCCGGCGCCGGAGAGCGUGGAGUGUCAGAUGGUGUCCGUGGACGAAGAAGACGGCUCCAACGUGCUGUACUGUAACGCCCGCAGCCCUCUGGGCUACAGGGUGCAGGCCCUCAGCCUGGAUGACGGAGCCGUGUUUCAGGAGGGGCAGCUGGUGCAGAGCCUGGUGGAGCCUAGAAACGGUUGCCAUGGAAGCGUUGUUGGGUUUCCCGCUCCGUUACGUCCCUGUGAAGCUCAUGGUGGACGCAGGUCCCCCUGCAGACACUGGACGUCCUUAACGGGCCCCACUGAUCGCUCCCACUCUGCUCCCCGACCAGACUUCCUGACCCCCACCUGGGUGGUGUACUCCCACCCAACGUGGAGCACCGCGCGCAGAGAUCUGGGUGUGUUCCUCAGCCUGUUCCCACGCGAUCCGGACAGCUGGCGUGGCCCCUGGGUGAUCUACGAGGGCCCCAGCGCCUACUCGGAUCUGGCCUACCUGGAGCUGUCGCCGUCACCGGGAGAGCCUCCAGCUGUGGCCUUCGCCUGCUUGUUUGAGUGCGGCACCAAGACGGCCUACGAUGAAAUCUGCUUCAGCGUCUUCAGCCUCUACGAGCUGAUCAACAAUCUGCCCGGAGCCGCGGCAGAGCCGCGAACUAACCGCAGGGAAAACGAAACUCAGCAGGCCGACUGUGAGAUGGGUGGAGAACACGAGCCACGAAAUGCUCCGGUCGUCCAUCAGAUGGCUCAUGUGAAGAAGAAGAAGAAGAGGAGGAAGCUGAUGAAGAUGUGCUUUGUUUCUUAAAUAUUUAAAAACAGA